AUGAUCUACGGCAACCUGGAGACCGGGGCAGUUCCGAGUCUGGACCUCCUCACCGUCCUCUUCGACUCCGAACACUGCCUUGCAAAAGAAGAUACGCCACUCCACGCCGAGGCUGAAGAGCCAGUCAAGUCUAUCAACAAAUCCGAAGCAAGGCUUCUUACCAAGCAAAUCGCACAUUUCCUUCGCGUCGAGUAUGGCAUAGGCAAGUAUGGCCCGGGAAAAGAUAUCGUUGCAUCCAUUUGCAGCGGUCAUUCACGUUUAGCGUGCUUUUUCUUCGGCGUUGUCGCUGCUGGCGGUGUCUACUCAGCCGUGAGCUCAGCAAUUACUUCAAAUAUCGACAGCUUCAAGAACGUUCUUGCCGACCCAGAUACCAAGGUUCUGCUAUGCAGUGCCGACACGAAGGAGUUAGCCCUGAAGAGUGGCAUGAAACCUUCCAACAUCCUCAUCUUGGAAUCCUACCCCGAAAUCCAGUUGAAGAGUGCUGAUGGCAAUAUCCAAUGCAACUUUGCAGCCACAGGACCAAAGAAUCUGUUGGACUGGAAGACGGUGACAGAUCCAGAAGAACUACGGAAGACCCCUGUUUGCCUGAUUUACUCGUCAGGCACCACUGGUGUCCCGAAGGGCGUCCUUAUAUCGCACGAGAACAUGGUUGCAGAAGCAGUCCUUCCUUCGACCAUCAACCGGCGUAUCUGGAAUGGAUGGGCUGAGUCCGGCAAACUCAUUGGCGAGCAACCUCUAUCCGACGGGUACAGAACCCUCGCACACCUCCCACCUGCACACAUUUCCGGCAUCCAAGGCUACUUCGUCAACCCCUUUCUCGACGGCGGCAUAGUCUACUGGGUCCCGAACGGCCCAUUCGACAUGAUGAAGUUCUUGGGUUACAACAAAAACCUCAAGAUCACCACCUUCUUCACAGCCCCACCCAUCUACGAUGGCAUCGCCAAGCUUCAUCAAUAUCGGCCAGCCCUGGUUGACGGGGCGUUCCGAUCUCUUCGCGUGGCAUACAGCGGUGGCGCGGCCCUGAUACCUCAAUCUCUCCUCGCGGCCCGAGCCGACCAGGUCCUGGGAGACGCAGAGCAGGGCAAGCCGGUCUUGAUCAGCCAAACCUGGGGCGCGACGGAGACGACAGGCGCGGUGACGCACAUGCCGCCUGAUAGGGCUGGCUGGGACACGCUGGGGAGCGUGGGCGCGCUCCUCCCGGGUGUGACGAUGAGGAUUGUCGAUGAAGACGGCAGGGACACGCAGCCAGUGGGAGAGACUCUCCUGAAGGGCCCCACGAUGAUGCUCGGAUACUACAAGAACCCGAUGGCCGACAAGGCGGCGUUCACAGAGGACGGGUGGCUCCGGACGGGUGACUCCGUGAGGGUUCAAGAUGGGCUCCUUUAUUAUGUGGACCGCAUGCAGGAUGCCAUCAACAAUGGAGCCUCCCGCGUGUUUCCCUCAGAAUUGGAGACAGUUCUACGGGAGCACGCCGCCGUAUCUGAUGUUGCAGUGAUCGGUGUGCCUCGUGGCGAUCAGGGGAGCGUACCCAGAGCUUUCGUUGUCUUAUCCCCACAGGCGACCAGCCAGGGAGCAACGACCGACAUCAUUGAGCAGCAACUGAUCGAGUUUGUCCACCAGAAGACCGGCAAGGGUCUAGCUGGAGGUGUGCAGUUCGUCAAGGCCAUCCCCCGAGCCCCUGUAGGAAAGAUCUUGCGUAGGGAGUUGGAGAAAAUGGCCAAGUAG